CCGUUAGCCGGGAUCGGUUUGGGUUGGGGCGUUGCAGCAUGGCAGAUCCGGUCACGGAGCAAAUCGGCGCUCGAACGGAUUGGCAGCGCGCCCGGGAAGACCCCGCGGAAUUGCCACUCGCAGCUGAGUGCUUGGUGGAGGACGCGGUGGGGAACAGGAUCCCUUUCGGGACUCUUUACAAGGAACAGAAGACAAUCGUGAUCUUCUUGCGGCAUUUUUUGUGCUAUAUCUGUAAAGAAUAUGUGGAGGAUCUGGGCAAAAUUCCUAAGAAAUUUUUGCAAGAUGCAAAUGUUAGACUUGUGAUUAUUGGGCAAUCAGCACAUCAUCACAUUCGGCCGUUCUGUAAUCUGACAGGUUACCCUCAUGAAAUAUAUGUAGAUCCACGAAGAGAAAUUUAUAAAAUUCUUGGUAUGAAAAGAGGGGAAUCCUCCAGCUCAGCAGUGCACAGCCCUCAUGUUAAAUCCAGUUUGCUAUCAGGAAGCAUUAAAAGCAUGUGGAGAGCAAUGACGAGCGCUGCAUUUGAUUUUCAGGGUGAUCCAGCUCAGCAGGGAGGCACUUUCAUUUUAGGACCAGGUAAAGUAAUAAAUGUAGAGCUUUUUGUUGGCUAGGCAAUCUAUUUUAUAGUCAUCGAAGCAUGAGCCUCUAAGUUUAAAUCCUGAUAAAAAGUUGAUGAUGCCAUGUAUAAGACGUGUUAUGUGUGGAGAAUUGGGACCACAUAUUAAGUUCCAGUUAAGAAGAUUUAUUG